AUGAGCCCUUUACCUGAGGAAUACGAUAUUAUCGUGUGCGGAGGUGGCAGCUGCGGUUGCGUGGUGGCAGGACGUCUGGCAAAUUUGGACCACAACCUCAAGGUUCUUUUAAUCGAAGCUGGAGAGAGCAACCUCAACAACCCAUGGGUAUUCAGACCGGGGGUUUACCCCCGUAAUAUGAAGUUGGACUCGAAAACGGCGUCUUUCUAUGAAGCUCGCCCGUCCAAGCAUCUCUCUGGCAGAAAGGCGGUGGUUCCGUGCGCUCACGUCUUGGGAGGUGGCUCUAGCAUCAACUUUUUGAUGUAUACGCGUGCUUCAGCCUCGGACUACGACGAUUUCCAGGCCAAGGGAUGGAAAACCGAGGACCUUCUUCCGCUUAUGAAGAAGCACGAGACUUACCAGCGAGCAUGCCAUAACAAGGAGCUCCACGGAUUCGAGGGACCGAUCAAGGUUUCGUUCGGAAACUACACAUAUCCCGUCAAGGAUGACUUCUUGAGGGCCGCAGAAUCUCAAGAUAUCCCCUUCGUUGACGACUUACAGGACUUAUCCACCGGACACGGUGCUGAGCACUGGUUGAAAUGGAUCAACCGUGACACUGGUCGACGCAGUGACAGUGCUCAUGCAUACGUCCACUCGACUCGUGCUGUUCAUAGCAAUCUAUAUCUUGCCUGCAACACCAAAGUUGACAAGGUCAUCAUCGAGAACGGCAAGGCUGUCGGUGUUCAAACGGUGCCGACUAAGCCACUUCACCCCAAUCAAUUGAAGCCUCGCAUCUUCAAGGCCCGCAAGCAAAUCGUCGUAUCCGGAGGUACCCUUUCUUCCCCGCUGAUCCUCCAGCGAUCUGGUAUCGGUGAUCCCGAGAAGCUCAAGGCGGCUGGCGUUGAGCCCAAGGUCGAUCUCCCCGGUGUUGGCCUUAACUUCCAGGACCACUACUUAACAUUCUCCGUAUAUCGUGCGAAGCCUGAGACGGAAAGUUUCGACGACUUCGUUCGAGGUGUACCGGAAGUCCAGAAGAGGGUAUUCGACGAAUGGGCCUUGAAGGGAACUGGACCGUUGUCCACCAACGGUAUCGAUGCUGGAGUGAAAAUCCGACCAACUGAAGAGGAAUUGAAGGAGUUUGAAUCUUGGCCCCAUCCGCAGUUCAACGAAGGUUGGAAGUCAUACUUUAAGGACAAGCCCGACAAGCCUGUGAUGCACUACUCCAUCAUUUCUGGGUGGUUUGGCGACCAUAUGCUCAUGCCGCCAGGAAACUUCUUCACGAUGUUCCACUUCCUCGAAUACCCCUUCUCUCGAGGAUUCACGCAUAUCAAGUCAGCCGACCCUUAUGAGAGCCCCGAUUUCGACCCGGGCUUCAUGAACGACGAGCGCGAUAUGGCACCUAUGGUAUGGGGUUACAUCAAGUCUCGAGAGACGGCCCGCCGAAUGGACGCCUACGCAGGCGAAGUCCAAGCAAUGCACCCAUUCUUCGACUACGACUCGCCGGCCCGCGCAAACGACAUGGACCUUGAGACUACUAAGAAAUAUGCUCUUCCCGGUAACCUGAGCGCUGGUCUGCAGCACGGUAGCUGGAGCGUCUUCAACCCGGCGCCAAGUAAGACGGCGGAAGCCAAUAUUCUGAAUAGCAACAAAGCGGAUGUCCGAGAGGAGCUUAAGUACAGUAAGAAGGAUAUUGAGGCGGUUGAAGAGUGGGUGAGGAGGCAUGUGGAAAGUACCUGGCACUGUUUGGGCACUUGUUCCAUGGCCCCGAAGGAAGGUAACAGCAUCGUCAAGCACGGUGUCUUGGACGAGCGCCUAAACGUCCACGGCGUUCAAGGACUCAAGGUCGCAGAUCUCAGUAUCUGCCCCGACAACGUCGGAUGCAACACAUAUUCCACUGCUCUUCUCAUCGGAGAGAAGGCUGCGAUGCUGGUAGCCGAAGACCUCGGAUACUCCGGUGAGGCUCUCGACAUGAAGGUGCCGACAUACCACGCGCCCGGCGAGAUGAGCCUGCCAUUCCGCGUGUAA